AUGUAUCUUUUAUCUAUGUAUAUCUAUGUAUCUUUUAUCUAUGUAUAUCUAUGUAUCUUUUAUCUAUUAUAUCUAUCUUUUUUAUUUCGGAAUUAUUUUUCUUAUCUUUUUCUUUUUCUUAAUAGAGCUAAUUACAUUUCGAUAUUUCAUAAAAUGUAUUCAUCUUCUUCAAUUAGAAAGUUUGUACAGCUUUACUUGCUUUAG